UCUGUGCUCCAACUUUUUAUUGAAGCAAGACCCCUCGAGUCAGCGAGGCAUGCACCUUACUUUUUUCUCGCUGAGUUCCUGGAAAUCAUGCUCGCAAAGUGCGAAAACAUCGGGGAAGCUGUGAAGUCUUUCAUUGCCGGUUUGUGGAUCGCUUUAAGCGUCUGUUCGGUGUGUGUUCGCGGCCAGGAGGGUAAUGGCUGUGGACAUACGCUGCUGGCACCAGAGUCGGGCACCGUAGCCUCCCAGAACUAUCCGGGUACCUACCCCAGUAACACCUGGUGUAAGUGGAGGCUUCGUGUACCACAGGGGCGCACGCUGCGACUGCUCUUUGGAGAUUUUGACGUUGAGAGCAGUCCAGGCUGCAGCAAUGGCUCUGUGAUGAUCACAGACAAAAACGGAGAGCACAGCCUGGGUCCACUGUGCGGGAAGCUUGAUGCAGCCGGGAAGAAUGUGACAUUUAAUAGCAAUGAAGUAACAAUAAUGUUCAAGUCGGGCCCACAUCGCUCUGGACGAGGGUUUCUGCUCUCUUAUGCCACAGAUCAGCAGCCAGAUCUCAUUUCAUGUUUACAACGGGGAUCUCAUUUUAGCUUGCAGCAUUUAAGCGUGUAUUGCCCUGCAGGAUGCCAGAAGGUCACAGGGGACGUGUGGGGGAACUCUGAGCAUGGUUACAGAGAUACUUCGGUGCUGUGCAAGUCUGCAGUCCAUGCAGGAGCUACAUCUGACAGUCUGGGAGGCCAUAUCGCUGUGAAUCGUGGGAGAAGCCUUACGCUGUAUGAAUCCACCUUUGCCAAUGGAGUCCUUUCGAAAAUGGGAUCACUUUCUGAAAAGAAGCUGCUUUUCGUCCAAGAGUGUAACAACAACUUGGCUGCUUCUGCUUUAAACGCCUCAUCUUUUGCUGAUAAAAACAGUCAAGAGCAGACAAAGUCAAGGAACGCCAGAAAUAAUGAUUUCAGCCAUAACUUCCUACUCUGGACCGCAGACAGUAGUGAUCAGAGCCCGUGGGUGGAGAUGGAGCUGAGCGAUAGAAGCACCAUCACAGGAAUAGUAACAGCGGGAUCAGAUGAGUACUACAUGGAAUCCUACAUCCUUUUAUUUAGUAAGGAUAGAAAGAACUGGAAGCUUUACAAAGAUGCUGCAAGCAAAGAAAGAAAGGUGUUUCAGGCCUACACCGAUGGACACCUCAGAGUGCUCAAUAGCUUGUUUCCUCCUGUGGUGGCUCGAUUUGUCCGCCUCCAGCCGCUGAGUUGGCACGGGAGGGCUUCAGCUCAGAUUCAGGUCCUGGGCUGUCCUGUUAGUAAGGCCACACCAAGGUCUUCCCGUCCACCAGGCGGUGACUCUCCGUCCAUCAAAGUUAACUCGGGUCCACUGCUCCCAAGCCCCACUCCCACCACCACUGAGUGCACCGUGUUAGUUGAAACAAAACCGAGCUCCAGUCAGCCAGUAAUAGUAGCAGUGGGCGUGGCCCUCGGCCUGAUGAUAUGUGGCAGUUGUGUGUUGGCUGGAUUCUGGUUGAAGCGAAGGAAAAAAGAUUCACAAAUGAAGUACUCCUACUCUGUCCCCACAAAUUGUCAGAGUUUCAAGGAAAAGAGUUUUCCUGGCUCACAGUCGUACCCUCUGGUUCGAAACAUCCACGAUGCACUACCAAACCCUCCUCUUAAUGACUAUGCUGAGCCAGCUCUUACACCUAUUGGACAUAAAGUUGGCUCAACGUUUAAACCUUCCUCAGAAGAGUGUUAUACUACCCCCUUCACCUGCAGCCAUUAUGAUACUCCUGGCUGCCUGCCCGAGUAUGCAGAGCCACUUCCUCCAGAGCCUGAGUAUGCCACUCCGUUCUCAGAUCAGCCCUCUGACUCCAGCAUCAUUCCUGCACCGACAUCCAGCCACAGUCAGUAUGACUGCCCCUCACACAGGGUGCUCUUCAAUGGCUACUGCACUCCCGCGCUACAUGCCAAUGGACCAAGACCAGUCAGUGCUGUCUAUGCAGAACCCAAGUCUUGUGAUUCUUUACAACAGAAACACACAUACGAAGAUCCUUUGUGAGCACAGCAAACUUAGACUCAGGAAAAGGCUCUUUGGAGUUGAAAUGUGUGUUGGCACCAGAGCAACACUUGGAGUGGUCUGAAGUUGAACAGUGAGCUGGACAGUGCUGUUCAGAAUGCACUAACUGGACCUCCCGUGAGUGAUGUACCCAAGGAAGUCACUAUGCAUAUGAGGGUAUUCAGACUAAACACUGAGAGCCACGUGGAGGCAGAAAUUUCCAUCAAGGAAGUAUGGGAUAGUUUUUUUUUCUUCAUAUUGCACAAAUAAAUACAGGCUCAGUUUGUCUCAGAGAUACUGUUUGAUGAAAUGUUUAAUCACAUAACUGCACUUUCCAAAAGCACAUACAGAAAUGUAUGUGUAGUAUUCUCCACAAAUUAAGGCAAAAAAAAAAAAAAUGAAUAUGUUACAAAGCAUUGUAUUCACAAUGUAUCAUUUCAAAAACAUUUAUGAAGCACUAUAAAUUGUAACCUGUAACAAAGAGUACUGUUAUAAUUACACAUAACCACUAGGUGGCUGCCACGAGCUUCAGACGUUAAGCAACAAUGGACUGUGUUAUUAUUUGUCUGUGCAGAUAAUUAUCACCCGGUAACAUACCAACAGCUAAAAAUAACUGCUUGGAUUGUAGUACAACUCAGAGGCACGAAAGGCAAUAAGAUGACAUAAUUAGGAAGGACUGUCCUUUGCUUGGAUGAACAGCCCUUUCAGCCACUUUUCCUGGAGAAAGAAAUUCUGUCUAGUUAAACAAGUUUCCAGAGGAAGAGUACGUUCCUCUGCUGGAGGCCGAGUUAUCGCAAAGUGUUAACAUUUUUUUUAAAAAAACACCUUCACUGGCCUUGUUUGUUAGGCCUUUGCUGCUGUAUAGCACCUUUCUCAGAAUUACAGAAUUAAGUGAAAAAUUAUAAUAGUUAUAUUUGUAUACUUGUAUUUGUUUUUUUUACUUUAUAUUAUAUCCCAUGGAAAGUUGUUUUUUGUAUAGAAUACAUGUGAUUUUAUAAAUGAUUAAGUUACUAAAUAACUUAAUUAAACCUGUGACACUGAUGUUUACUACAGAUCCAUGUUUAACAUAUACAAUUGUACUUGUUCCUAUUUCAUUCCUAUUUCAAGGCAUUUUGUAUAAAAAGAGCCAGGUGGCAGUCCUCAAUCCCAUAAUAAAAUGCUACUAAAAGCCCAUCAAAUUGCAUUAAUGUGACAUGC